CUUUUACUUCUUGUCUCGAUGCUUAUUAAAAUACUGCUAUGUUUAGUAUUACUGUUCUCAACUAUAGAAUGUUAUAGCAUAGACAACAAAAGACUAUUGCGAAUUGAGCCAAUAUCAACUGCUAAAGUAGAUAUAGCGCCUCGCUCAGAGAAUUUUUUUGUAAAAAGAGAUAUAUCACCCAACAACCAUUAUGUACCACGUGCUCAUGCUAUAGAAUAUGAUGAUACUCUUCGAUUAACCAUAGACGCUUUCAAUCAAACCAUCUAUUUACACUUGACACCCAAUCAUGAAUUGUUCCACCCUGAUGCUGUGUUCCACCAGAACGGACAGUCGAAUCCUCUUCGUCCGUCGGAUUUCCGUGUAUAUAAAGGCUAUGCCAUUGAACAUCUUUAUUCUGAACAUUGGUGGAUUUCUAAUCCGAAAGAUUUUGAUGCAUUAGAAAAUCAGCCCGGAAUCAUCGGCUGGGCUAGGAUAAUCAUCCGCAAUGAUAUCAAGCACAACCUAGACCAUCCUCUGUUUGAAGGAACCUUUACCGUUCAUGGCAAUAUCCAUCAUAUCAAGUUAAAGGACACCUAUCGCCGUACAAAGCGAUCAGACGAUGCAGAUGUGAAAGAGAUACCAAACACACACAUGGUAAUUUACCGCGAUUCAGACAUGGUCAUCAAGAACCAGCCCAUCAGCCAAAGUACAAAUGGAUGUGGGUUUGACAAUUUGGUCCAUACCGAUAGACUAGGUCAAAAGAUCGAUUUUAACCCCUUAGAAUUUAAUGACCCUUACAGCGUUAGACACACUCGACCCUUUGUCAAUACCCUUUCAAAGCGUGCUCCUGAGGGCUGCCCUGCUACUAAAAAGAUGCUUUAUAUGGGAGUGGCAGCCGAUUGUACCUAUACCAAAUUCUACAAGUCAACCGAUGGUGCUCGUAUGCAAAUCAUUAAUGAUUGGAACUCUGUCAGUAUGGCUUAUACAAAUGCAUUCAAUAUUGGAAUUGGUUUAAUCAAUAUCACCAUCAUGGAUUCUAAUUGUCCUGCGACUGCUUCAAGUUUAGCUGCUUGGAACCAGGCUUGUUCAACGGCCUAUUCGAUUUCACAAAGGCUGAGUGAUUUCAGUAGAUGGAGAGGAUCUAUUGGCAAUGACGGUGCUGGUCUAUGGCAUCUAAUGACAACUUGCGCAACUGGUCCAGAAGUUGGUAUCGCAUGGAUGUCUCAAGUAUGCAAUACAAAAGCUGUAUCAUCAACUGAUGGUUAUACAUCUGGUACAGGUGUUUCUUCUGUUAUUACGGAUGAAUGGAAAGUUGUUGCUCAUGAGAUUGGACAUGGCUUUGGUGCUAUCCAUGAUUGUAAUGCACAAUCCUGCCCAUGCGCAGGAGGCGCUAGUUGUAAUUGCUGUCCCUAUAGUUCAACUCAAUGUGACGCUGGCGGCAGAUACUUUAUGAAUCCUACAAGCAAUGCAUCUUCCUCUGAAUUUAGUCCUUGUAGUAUAUCAACUAUUUGCAAAAACGUGCCUACUUUCCAAAGCUGUUUAUUAGAUCCUGGCUCUAAGAAUGUCACGACAUUGAAGAUGUGUGGUAAUGGCAUCAAAGAAGACGGAGAAGACUGUGAUACAGGUGGUCAACCUAGUAAUUGUUGUGAUCCUGCAACAUGUAAAUUUAAGCCUAAUGCAGUAUGCGAUGAUUUCAACGACCUUUGCUGUAAUAAUUGCCAGUUUAGACCAGCAAACUAUACUUGUCGACCCGCUUCAACAGAAUGUGAUAUAGCAGAAGUAUGCUCUGGUACCUCUGGCAACUGCCCACCAGAUUCUUACAAGAAUGAUUUAACAAACUGUGGAAAUGGCAUGCAAUGCGCUUCAGGUCAAUGUACCUCUCGAGAUGCACAAUGUCUUGCUCGUGGAACAACCAGUAAUAUCAAGAAAGCAUGUGGAAGUUAUGAUGGAUGUCAAGUCACCUGUCAACAUCCCACGUCAUCUAUGAUGUGUAUUGAAUUCCCAGGAUACUUUUUAGACGGUACGCCAUGUGGCAUUGGUGGCAUCUGUAAAUCUGGUAAAUGUAAUCUGGAUAACUUUGGAAAUAACGUGAAAAGUUGGAUCGAUAAUCACAAACAAAUCGUUAUUCCUGUUGCCAUCGUCGCUGGUAUUUUGCUCUUGUCCUGUUUAUUUUGUUGCUGCUGUAAUCCACGAGGCAAUGGAUAUAAUAACCUUGGAAGCUCGUAUGUCAUUACUCAAGCUCAACCUCAAUAUGCUACUCAGCCGCCCUAUUAUCCUCCUCCUCCACCACCCAUGGGUAAUCAACCACCUUACUAUACACCUCCUCAGUCUGGAUGGGUCGAUCCUGCGCUCUAUAAUGGACAGGGUAACAAUGUACAGCCACCUCUUCCGGCCUAUUCACAGCAUGAUCCACGACAGCAUGAUUCUUAUGAGCUAAAUAACGCUAGCAACUGGCAAAACCGUACAAACAGUCCUGCUCCACAGCCUCAGCAGAUACCUACUCCCACACCACCACCACUUCCUCCUCAACAUAACACGAAUAAUAGGCCAUAUAAUGAAGGCGUUAUAUAGUCAUGAUCAACUCGCAUUCAUUUCUUUUUGUUAUUUAUAUUGUAAAAUAAAGAAUCAAAUACAUAUCUUGAUGGACAGUUCUUCCAAGCGCGUGUUGGCCCUUUUCCUCUUUUUCUUUAUAAAGAAUUAUUGUUUACAUCAAAUGAGAUACAUGUUGUCAGAUAAG